AUGAUUGUUAUUUGUGCUGAAUUACGUAAAGUUAUUGCACAGUUUGUGCACAACACAAUUCCUUUUAUUGCUUCUCUUCAAAAAAAAAGAAACUGGAUUACUGACAGUUUCUUUUUAUUCAUUACUCUUGUUGCAGGAACUGGUAUAUAUGCUGCUGUUCUCCCGACAAUUGUAUUAUUUUAUCCACAUCCAGAUUAUGUAAGGACAGUCAUUACUAUUACUUUCACUUGUUGUUUUAAUAUUCUUGUUGGUAAUUUCAUUAAAAAUUUAUUUGGAUUACCUAGACCUUAUGGAGAGGGUUUGUGGGCUCCAGUCCCUGAAAAAGAUUUUGGAUUUCCUAGUACACAUACUAUUAAUGCAAUUGCCAAUACAGGAUUUGUUGUAUUUGCUUUAACUGAUAGCAUUCAAUACCGUAUAAUUUUUAUAAUAUAUGUUGUUUGUGUUUCUUUUAGUAGAAUGUACAUGGGAGUUCAUAGUCCUGCUGAUGUUUGUUGUGGGAUGUUAUUUGGAUUUCUUCAUCUUGUACUUAUGGUGAAUUUUUAUCAAACUAUUAUGUACAUUCAUUCAUUACCGUUAAUGCUUCCUAUAUUCUUUAUAAUUCAUGUUAUUAUUCUUGUUUUAAUGCCAAGAUGUAAAGAAUACAAUCCAACUCCAAGAAGAACAGCAAUGAUAUGUGGAUGUGUAUUUGCAGCCUCAGUUGUUAUGUCAUUUGAUAUGCAAACACUCACAACACAUAUUCUUCCAAUGAAAGAAUAUAUUAUUUAUCAAAUACAUAGACUUCCAAAGUUUAUAUUAGAAUAUAUUGUUGCUAUAUCAAUAUGUUUAAGUCUAUUUGGAACUAUUGGAUUUAUUUUACCAAAUAUUAUUAUGAAGUUAGUUGAAAAAAGUGCAAAAGUUAAUAAUCUUCUUCGUAGAAUAGAGCAAUUUUGUUGUAAAUAUCGAAUUCAUUGUUUAAAAGAUAAUAUUAAUGAAUAUGAAUGUGAUAAAGUAAUGUUAAAAUAUACAGCAGAAAUUCCACUCGCAUAUUUUUCAGGUUUUGUUGGUGGAUUUUGUGUAGUUUAUAUUGCACCAAAAGUUGUUCUUGCAAUGAAUCCUGAAAUGAUACUUCCAAACUAA